AUGGCGGAGCCAAAGCAGAGCGAGAUCAUCACAUCUCAGAUCGACCCAGAAACAUCAAGUCAAAAUGUUCCCUCGGAUAAGAAGGGCACCGCUGAUGACCAGCGCGAUAUGUAUCGUCUGGGCAAGUCCCAGGAGCUGCGUCGCAAUUUCCGUUUUGUUUCCAUCUUCGGCUUUUCCAUGAUCCUCAUGGCCAGUUGGGAAACCAUCUUGGGCACAUCCAUUAUUGGCUUGAUCAAUGGCGGUACUGCCGGUAUGAUAUGGAUGUUUUUGGUUGCAUGGAUUGGCUUCUUGGCCGUCAACACUUCCAUGGCUGAAAUGGGCUCCAUGGCUCCAACUUCUGGUGGUCAGUACCAUUGGGUCUCCGAGUUUGCGCCCAGGAAGCACCAAAAGUUCAUGAGCUUUAUCGUCGGAUGGCUUUGCGUUCUAGGAUGGCAAACUGGUGCUGCCAACACAGCGUUCUUGGCCGGUACUCAAAUCCAGGGGUUGGCAAUCUUGAACUAUCCGGAUUAUGUGCCCGAACGUUGGCAUGGGACACUCUUGACCUUUGCCGUCGCUUCAUUUUCGGUCUUGUUCAACACAUUUCUGGUCAAGAAGCUCCCCUUAGUGGAGGGAAUUGUGCUGAUCGUCCACGUCUUCGGGUUUUUUGGUGUCCUGAUCACCCUCUGGGUCCUGGGACCACGCGCCCCCUCCCACGAUGUCUUCACGACAUUCAACAACUAUGGAGGGUGGUCGUCGAAUGGUCUCUCUGCCAUCGUGGGCAUUCUGGCCGUUAUGAUCCCGCUGCUUGGGGCCGAUGGUGCCGUUCACAUGUCUGAAGAACUUCGCGACGCCUCCAAAGUCCUGCCACGAAGCAUGAUUGCCACCACUGUCUUCAACGGGGCAAUGGGUUGGAUUAUCCUCAUCACCUUUUGCUUCACGUUGGGCAAACUCGACGACGUCAUCAAUUCACCUACCGGGCAGCCCUACAUUGCCGUCUUCUACACAGCAACUCAGUCUUAUGCUGGGGCAUCAGUCCUUUCGGCGCUCGUCAUCUUCAACGCGAUCUUCUGCAACUUGUCGAUCACCGCAACUGCCUCCCGUCAGCUGUGGUCAUUUGCCCGCGAUCAGGGCGUCCCUGGAUCGGCAUGGUUUGCAUAUGUCCGACCCGGCUGGGAUGUGCCCAUGAAUAGUAUUGUGGUUUCUUUCGUGGUGUCUUGUCUCCUCUCUCUCAUCAAUAUCGGCUCGACGAUUGCACUGAACAACAUUACCUCUCUGUCCCUCGUCGCCAUUCUCGCCUCGUACAUCGUUUCCAUUGGCUGUAUGUUCUGGAGACGAUUAACCAACCAACCACUCCUUCCUGCCAAGUUCACCUUCUCUCGACCAGUCGGCCUCUUCUUGAACGGAUUCAGCCUCUUAUUCCUCAUUUUCGCGGAAAUCUUCGCCUUCUUUCCGGGUAAUCCGAAGCCGACAGCGGCGGAGAUGAACUGGAGUUGCCUAAUGUUCGGAGCGGUCCUGAUCUUUGCUGUUUUACAUUACUUCAUCACAGCCCGACAUGUGUAUGACGGGCCUGUGGAAUAUGUUCGAAAGCUGGUGUAG